AUGGAGAACGCUCAGAAGAAUGUCCCUGCCCCGCGUAUGACUGCCAGCGCAGCCAUGCCCCCGACUCCCGUCAUGGAGUUCCCCCAAUCUCCCUUGGCUCACGAUAACGUCUCCGCGGCUCCUCAGAAGCGCCUUCGUGAUGAUGGAGACUCAGAUGUGCCUGUAGCAAAGAAGCUCAAGCUUGAGACUGACAUGAGGCACCACAGCUUGGCCAAUGGGAUCAGCCAGCUCAAGGGAUCUUCUCCAAUCUUGGUUUCCUCCCCCUUGAAGCGCCGCCUUGAAGACAACGACGCAGAUGCGCCUGUAGCGAAGAAGCUCAGGCAGGAUCACAACCCCACGGACAGCAGUGCCAUCGACGACCUGCAGAUCAGCCAUAUCAGCAGGUUCCUGCAAAAUUUCCAGUCCACCUCGAGCUCGUCCAGCCAGGCCAGCGGACGGUCUUCAGACCAACCUCCUUCGAGCGCUUCCAGCCCGGUCAGUGGAGGCUCAUUCCACCCUCAAUCGUACCAGCCGCCCAGCUAUGUCAGCGGAUAUACGUCCCCAUACGCCUCCUACUUGCCCGCCCAGGUCAGGUCCUCAUUCCAACCCGCGUCUUCCAGCCCGCCCAACCAGGCAAUGGAAGCUGCAUCACACCCAUCUACGAACUAUAGUCCUUCAAUUGCUGGUCAAAACUUCACCCAGAUGGCGUAUUCCUCUGUGGAUUGCAACUCCACUGCGGCUCAUCAGCCCGUCCAGCCCAUCAGUGACCCGGCUGGCAAGGAGACUUGCACCCUCGGGGGUGUCAUCGUUACUGUCAUCACCGAUCCCUCCCAAAUCGGCCAGGACGAAUCCGACAUCACUCUUUUUGGUCUGAACGGCCACGCUCAAGCCUGGCUGAAGAAGAAGGUUACGACAUCAUUCGAUGUCAACCGCACGAGGACAUAUGCGAAGUGGCAGGAAACCAACUAUGACCUGCGGAUCUACUCGGCAUUACAGGCGAAGCAACACCGUGACUCCGUCUGGGAGCGUGCUGGCGUCUACGCUGACACUACUCUGUCGACGGUUCGUGCUAACGAUGCUCUGAAUGCGGAACGUUGGUACAACGCGGCCAUUGACCUCAGCCAGAUGAGGGACAAGCUGGCGAGCAGAGGGAAAGCCGCAGACAAGUUUGUCCGCAUGGCUGAGAACGGCCAGCCAUUCUACACUCCCGAAGAGAUAACUGCACUCUACUUCAAGUUCAUGGACGUCGUCGCCGACGGCACACAACACGGCUUCCGCGUGUCGACCAACCCCCGUCACCGCGUCCUCACCCGCAAACCAGGAUACGUCGUGAACCUGACCGCCACCGACAGGCUGGAGCAGGCCCUGCAGGCCAUCCGCAACGAAAAAGCCAUCUUCGGCGACCUCCUCGGCUCCGAGGGCGGAGGCAACAUCAUCGAAUUCGCCUACCAGCCCUCCGCCUACGCGGACCUCAAGAAAGAAGACCGCCGCACCAACACCAACCGCUCCCUCCCCAAAUCCCAACGCACCAAACAAGGCGACCCAGACGUCUUCCCCUGGUCCGCCACGCCCGCCGCCCAACGCCCUCCCUGCGUCUACCCCGCAUGGUCCGCCCUCCCGCCAGCUCGCCGCAUCACCAGCGCCCCCCAAGCGCACUCCUUCCACCAACACACCGAAACCUCUCGCCGCGCCACCACCACAACCGCCCCCUCCCCGCCUCCCGCCGACCUGCACCUCGCCCACUUCACCUCCCACCUCGACGACUUCGCGCGCCUCCUCGCCGACGCCGUCACGUCGCCCGCCUGCUCGCAAGACUCGGCGCGGUCCCCCGCCGCCGCCGCCUUCGCCGGCGCGCCGCCGGAGCACACGACGGGCGGCUGGGAGCGGCAGACGCGCAACGUGCAGGCGUGGGCGUACCGCGUGUGCGAGCGGCUCGUCGAGGGCGCGGCGCACGGGUUCGUGCGGCCGGCGGCGGAUGGGGCGCAGGGCCAGGCGCUGCUCGAGGUCGACAGGCAUGCGAUGAGUAAGCUGGGGCAGGUGUUUGGCCGGGGUGAUGGAGAGGCGGUGGAUGUGUUUGAGAGGUUUGGGGCGGUGCAUGCGGCGGUGUUGUGCUCCAAGGCGAUUGCGGCGCCGUUUAGGGACGAUGUCGAGGCGUUUGUGAGGAUCGACGACCUCGUGUGGGAGCCGCUGGCGUUUAUGGAGACGAAGCUGUCGCAUCGGAAGUCGAACAGCAGGAGGAAGACUGUCGGCGGCGCCAGUGAGGCGGACAUGUCCGCUUCUACUGCUCCCGCUCCCGCUCCCGUACCCGAUCCUGCUCCCACCGCUCCCGCAUCUGCUCCGACUCCUGCCGCGCCGAAGAAGAGGAGGAACAGGAAGCGCCAGGAGGGGCCACAGCCGCAGCCGCAGUCGCAGCCGCAGCAACAACCACAUGCCCAAAUGAUCCAGAACGACGCCAGCAAGACGAAUGUGAACGAGCACGAUGAUAAUGUCCCACCGCCUACGCCGCAGGAGCGCGCCCGCGCAACGCCUGACUAUCCGGACUACUACCCUCCCGGAUAUUCCACCGUCCCGACCACCGCCCCCGCCGUCCCCACGGAGGCAUCCGACAGCAACAACGUGGGCUACUUUACCAAGCUACUGAAUGAAGACGACUAA